AUUCAUCAAUUCAUCAACACUCAACCUCAUCAAUCACCCCGAUCGCGAAUAUCAUUUGAAGCCAUCAAAACUUGACGCGUCAACGCUGGAAAUUCAUCAUCCAGAAGAUAUCCUAUUUUGUCAUUUUGUCAUGUGCCUUACCACGUAAAUGAUUUUGUAGUAGAUACUACAUAUUAUCUUCUUGUUGUAAUAACUUCCUCACUACCUCCCCACCUUCUGGUCCCUAACCGAUGCUCGAGCUGCUGCUAGCUUUCCUGCUUACUUCGCUCACCAAUAAAAAUCACAUGUCUCGCUUUCCUCUAGCUAUCCAAUAUUAAAGAUGGCCUCACACGAUCUCCGAGAGGUCCUCAGCUUACCACUCGAUAACACAUCGCGCCCCACUAAGAAACAGAAGAUCGGUGUCCCGCGUCAAAGUUUGAAGGGUUUGGCAAGAGAGGUACAAAAUCUUGGUGGCGAUAACCCCAUCGCCAUUGUCCAAGAAAUAUCAUCCUUCAAGAAGCGGAGGUUUGGCAGCAGGAAGCCCGCUGCACGAUGGGACCUACAACCCUUUCGCAACUCGGCCCGAGACGACCAGUCGUUACAUUUGCGACAUUGGAGGAAGCAAACCGAGGACCAGGCGAGACAGCAGCAGAAUGGUGUGAUAGAUCAAGAUGAGGCAGAGACAAAGAAAAAGCCGGAGCAGCCUGAAGACUCGGGGUUCGCCAAGUUCAAUGUGCAGGUCGACGUACCGCAGUACAGUGAUGAUCAAUACAAUUCUAAUUUAAAGAGCAACGACUGGACCAAGGACGAGACCGAUUACCUGUUUGGCCUUGCUACGGAUUUUGACCUCCGUUGGCCCCUUAUAUGGGACCGCUAUGAAUAUCAUCCAAAGCCCCCAGACAAGGUAACGAAUGGGGAGGAAGCCGAUAGUAUCGAUCCCAACACCGCCGUAGUCCCAGCGACCAAGGUCCGAACUAUGGAGGACUUGAAGUCUCGAUACUAUGAAGUAGCAGCCAAGAUGAUGGCAGUCCAGAAACCUGUUCAAUACAUGACUCAGGCCGAGUUUGCGCUUCACGAGGUCAUGGCUAAUUUCAAUCCGAUCUCAGAAACACAGCGCAAGAAAUUCGCAGCUGAUGCUCUGUCGAGGUCGAGGGACGAGGCCCAGGAGGAGGAGUUACUACUCAUCGAAGUGCGCAGAAUUCUUGCUCGUCAAGAGCGGCUUAACCAAGAACGCCGCGAGCUGUAUAACCGGCUAGACUACCCCCAUACAGAACAAGACAUCAAUGCGUUCAAGUCUAGUACCGGGCUACAGACACUCCUUCAGAACCUCAUGAAUGUUGAUAAGACUAAGAAACGCAAGUCGCUUAUGGAAGCCAACGGAACAGUUACACCGGCAUCAGCCCAUCCCCCAGCUCAUACUUCCGGUCCUGCCACCACUACGCCGGUAUCAGAAACACGUCGGGAGAGCAUUGCGGCUUCCUCAACAGGUCAUCGUGAUUCCGUUGGAGGAAGUGAACGACCUGAGAGACCCACUAAGAAAGGUGCUCAGCCAGAACGUAAGAAGCUCAGCGAGCAGGAAGAACAUAUAUACGGUGUAUCGCACCAUGACCGUCUACCGUCAGGGCCCACAUUCCGUUAUGAGCGGAUCAAUAAGAUUCUUACCACAAAGAGCAAUGCCCAACACCAGCGCAUCACCAAUACCCUAGCCGAACUAGACAUCCCCGGCAGGCUCAACAUGCCGACUCGAGCAGUGGUAGAAGAAAUGGAGAAGCUACUCAACUCUAUCGGUGUCCUACUGGACAUGCGCAAGAUGCACGACAAGAUCGAUGCUGAGGUACGGCUGGAGAGGGCCAAGAAAGCCGAACGUGAGAAGACCUUGGCCCCUUCACAGGCGGAGAGUAAAGCUGGAGGGUCUAAUGGCAACCAUAAUGGCGAGGGAAUAAAAGGGUCGAGUGCGGUGAACGGUACUAGCGGAACCGUUAAUGAAGCCAGUGCUACUGCCUCACCCGUCGCUUCGAAGAAGGCUCAUGGCAAAGCGCCUGCUACAAAUGGUAAUACUUCUGAUGAUGACAACGGCGAGAACAAUAUGUCUGUGGACGUAAAUACCGCGCCAAAGACUACGGAGGCCACCGAAGACAAGGGUGACAGACCAGAAAGUAGUAACGGAAAUAAGAGGAGCGCCAGUGUAUUGAGUGGUAUAAGUGACAAGAGUGUUAAGAGACAGAAGAAGUAAUGGGUUACAACAUAAUACCUGCUGAUAUACACCUGAUGGACGCACUCGAGAGGCUAGCAUGGCGAGUUGUCAGUCACAGUGGAAGAGACGAGAAAGUGAGGAGACCGAGACGAGACCGAAUGCGUAUUAUAGCAUGGCUGGUGGCUGGUGCUUAUGCCCGCCAUGGUCGGCUAGUUAGUUGGUGCUGUGAAAUGAAAAUAAUCCUACUUUAAUAACCUUCUGUACAUGCUUCAUGGUAAAUUAUCACUUGCCUGUGUAGGUAUAUGUAUGCAUGUGUCUGUGUUGACAACCUGGAUAGGCACCAAACCAAUGUUACGAGAUCAGGGUGAGAUGAGAUAACUAUGUACAUAACUAUACAU